GCUACCAGGCACGGCACGCUGCGACUUUGCAAGCAGCAGCUCGAAUUCCCCAACACCAAACCACAACCAAACCGAAAAUCCGUCUAUGGAGAGGUGACAAUGUCGAAACAAUACCUCACCGCGCACACGGUGGACGAAGCCCACCCAGCCGAGAUCUUCUCGCUCGCCCCGACCCCGACGACCCUCCUCUCGGCCAGCGGCUCCUCCGCCCUGCGCGUGCACAGCACCACGGACGCGACCUUCCCGCUCCAACAAACCAUCCCCGACGCCCACAAGCUCGGCUGCCACCACGUGUGCACGGCGCGCGGCGGGCUGGGCGCCGUCGCCGCCAGCGUCGGCUUCGGCGGCGAGAUCAAGGUCUGGGCCUGCGACGCGAAUGAGUGGCGGCUGCAGUGGGAGCUGCCGCCGUCCAAGACCGAUGGGGGGGAUGUCUGGGCCGUGGCGCUCAGUGCGGAUGAGGGGUAUCUGGCGUGUACGACCAGUGAUGGGCGGAUCCACGUGUGGGAUAUUAAUGGCCGCGAGAAGAUUCAGACGUACGAGACGGGCGCGCGGGGUGGGGGGAGCUUUGCGAUGGCGGUGGAUUUAAGUCGUGAUGGGCGGUUGACGGCGAGUGGGCAUGAGAGUGGCGGGGUGUACGUGUUUAAUAAUGAUGCGGGGCGGAUGGUGUAUUCGCUUUCGGGUCUGGCGAAACCGGUACGGACCGUUGCGUUCUCGCCUGGGUGCAAACGUCUUGCGGCGGCGGGCAACGCGGGCGUCAUCGCGAUCUACGAUAUGGAGCAUGGUGAGCACGUGGGCAACCUCACAACACCGAGCAGCAGGCCCGCGUGGAUCACUUCACUAGACUGGAACGACACGGGCGAGUAUCUCCUGAGUGGGUCGCUUGACGGCAAGGUGAAGGUCUGGGAUGUGGCACGCGGAGUUUGCGUCGCGACACACAGCGAGACGGACACGGCGUUGUGGAGCGUGAGGUGGCUGCCCAAGACGGAGCGGGCUUUGGGGCCGGGCAUGGGCAAGAGCGAGAUGUUUUGCGCGGCGGGUGCGAGCCGGAGUCUUGCGUUCUACCGGGAAGCUACUGGGUCUUAAGCAUGGCGUAGGAAAGUUGGCUUUGCUUGGGUGGGCUGGAAGAUCUUGACAUGGCAUUUGCAAGGCACGGUGGCUCUGGGCCGGGAUAGAGAAAACGAGAUAUGACGCUGAAUUGAACGACCUUUCGCCGCCUUUUCUUAUUGCAGCUU